AUGAUCCGAUGUUCGUGUAUCAAAAUUCUUGAUACUCUUCUGUCUUGCUCUGCAGUGCGUAGCAACGAGAAUGUUAUUUCUCAAGGGUUGAUGACCCAGAGGUCAUUAGCUUCCCUCUGUUCGUUCAACUGUGCCUCCGUACCAUGGAGAUGGGGAGUGAGCUGUCAAAAACAGGCAUGUGCUGCACGCGGAAACUGUCUCCCUGACUCACUACGUGAUGGAACCCUUAGCAAUUGUCUUCGCGCAAGUCAUUGUCAUAUUUCGAAUCCGGUUUUGGACUUGUUCGUCUAA